AUGGAAGGAAUUAAAGGAUAUGACCCCAACAACCUCCAGCCAUGGACUGUGGAAGUCGUCGUCUCGAUGACUGUUCUUGCUGUCAUCUCUGUCGGCCUACGGCUGCUCAGUCGACAUUUGAAGGCUCAACAGCUUUGGUGGGAUGACUGGAUGAUAAUCUUUUCAUUGGCAUGGAAUCUUGUUGUCGUUGGCUUCAUCUUCGCCAUGUACGGUGCCGGGAUGGGCAUACAUGCAGACAAGGUGCCCUUAGACCAAAUAGUCCUCAUGGCCAAGUUCCUCCUCGUUGCGGAGAUUCUUUACGCUUGGAACCUGUGUUGGACGAAGAUCAGCCUCCUCCUGAUGUACUAUCGCAUCUUCCGUUUCCCGUUCUUCAAGAGAAUGGCUUACGCCAUCGGUGCAUUCAUCAUUGCAUGGGGCAUCACGAUCACCUUCCUCUUCAUCUUCAUCUGUGUCCCUGUUCAAAAGCUCUGGUAUACAGAUCUUCCAGGACAUUGCAUCAACCAGGUCGGCACGUGGAUUGCUAAUGCUGCAUCGACGAUUGUGACGGAUCUUGCCAUCCUGGUGCUCCCUAUCCCUCAAGUCUGGAAGUUACAGCUACGCAAGCCCGAGAAAAUUGCCCUCACCUUUGCCUUCUGCCUAGGCUUCUUCGUUGUGUUUGCAUCAGCCUAUCGAUUUAGUGUCCUCUUUUCCUAUAGCAAUGCCGACCCGACAUACACACUCGCGCCUACCGUAGGCUGGACGUCAAUCGAGAUGUCCGCCGGCAUCGUCUCAGCCUGUCUGCCCACACUCCGACCUGUGCUGCUCCUUUUCGGCCGUACUCUGGGAGUCAAGGGAAGCAUUUUCCGCAGUGGCGCGGCCUCGGCGGCGUUUUCAAAGAAUCACGGCCAGUCAGCCAGCCGUGGGACUCGAUCGACUGGUGAUCGAACAGACGCGGAGCUCGUGAACUCUAAAAAGGGCAAGUCGGGAGCGUUCUACCGCUUGGACGAUGACAAUCUCUCCGGCGAGACAACUGCAGACGGUCUGCCCGUUGACGCAAAACUGCGCCCUGAUCACGGGUACGGCUAUACCGUCACCAGCAAGCCGGGCAAAGGAGAGGGGGACAGUCUGAGUGGUGAUGAAAUCCCGCUUCAAGGCAUCCGUGUUCACACAGACUUUAAACACUCCACAAGUUAA